AUGUUCAUCCAAUUCUCCAUCCUCUUCCUCCUCUUCACUACACCCUCUAAAUCUUUAAUCAAAGCAAAACAAGAUACAAACAAUUUUAUGCGUUCAUUAGACCUCAAAGAAUUAAACUUGGAGAAUAAACAAGAGAGGCUAAGCCACUUGAAAUUCUAUUGGCAUGACAUAGUUAGUGGAAACAACCCUUCUUCAAUGGUAAUUGUUCCACCACCUUUGAUAAACUCAACCACUGCCUUUGGUUUAGUUAACAUGAUUGAGAAUCCUUUAACCUUAGGACCUCAGUUAAGUUCCAAAUUGGUUGGAAAAGCACAAGGAUUCUAUGCAUCAACAUCACAAAGUGAGGUAGACCUUAUCAUGGCUAUGAAUUUUGCUAUCAUAGAAGGGAAGUAUAAUGGUAGCACCAUCACUAUUUUGGGGAGGAACCCUAUUUAUGAUAAGGUUAGAGAAAUGCCUAUAAUUGGUGGAAGUGGUCUUUUCAGAUUUGCUAGAGGUUAUGCUCAACUUAGAACUCAUUGGUUUUCAUCCGAGACAAAGGAUGCUAUAGUUGAGUACAAUAUUUAUGUGUUACAUUAUUAA